AGUCGGUCUGCGUGUGUUUCUGCAGGAUGUGUCACAGCUGCGUCCCACGCUGAUGAAACUCUGGUAUUUCAGAUGAGAUGCAAAGUCACUUCCUAUACAGUCUGCUAAAAAACUCAAACUCCAUCCCCUGUGAGAAGCAACCGCACACGCAGGCAAACUGACACGAUUUAGAAGAAACUAGCAGGAACUCGUCACCGUAAAGGAAUCACAGGGCGCAGGCUGGGCGCAGUUUGACGGUUUACCAAAUAUCAGAUAGAUAUCUCAUAACUCCGACAACAGGAAACGAGAGAAAGAGCGCCACUGACAACAGUCGAAACCUGCAUCCAUGAAGCUUCGACCCCACCAUGUUCCCCGGGCUGCAUGUAAACCUUCAUUCAUCCAGUCGUUGAUGUAAACUGAGGCGAUGGAGAGCCCGUCGUCCACAGCGAGGCGGCGAGCCUGGAUCAACAGCAGCCGACAGUGGCCCACUCUGGAGCUGGACCCUGAGGGACCCCCGUGCAACCUCCCCUCUGCCUCUAUAGCCGAUGAUGAUGUCUUUUCUGACGGAUGCUUCACAGGAAAGAUUGAGAACUGGCUCCUGAGAUGUGGGUCCGAGGCGUGCUCCGAGAAGACUGGCCAGCUGAGUUUUGAGUCUGGGCUUAAAGGCAGCAACUUUGACGAUGAGCUAAGUCUUGGUGCUGAUGCUUCAUGUUUAAAUGGUGGAGAGAUUACAUCUGAAAGUGGCCUUGCACUCCAUCCCAUAUCCAAGCAAGGUCCCAGCAGACUCACCAGUACUCCUUGUCAGAAACUAUGUCUGCCGUCACUGAACUUGGGCCAGAGCAUGGCCUCCAGCUGCCUCUCCACCUCCACCUAUAGGACUACAUCAAGUAUAUCAGAGGUCCUGCAGUUGUGUUCGGAGGACGCAGAGGAGACACUCUACGAGUUGGGUUUCGGCUGCGAUGAGCCGCAGGUCACUGUCCGCAUCCCUUCUCGCUUCUUCACCUUCCCCUCCAUGUCUCAGGGCAUCAACUUCCGCCUCUUCCUGGACUCACAGUUACGGCGGAUACGAGAGGAAGACCCCAGCCUCUCUCUUGCUAGUCGUUUCAGACAAGUGCAAGUGCUCACAGCAAUGGCCAACGCUUUCUACUCCCUGUACUCUCAUGUGUCCCGCACUCCUCUACAGAAACUGGCCACACCAGAGUUUACCUUCUCCUCGUCUCCUGUGGAGAGGAUCGAACGCUUCAGGAGCCCUGUCCGCAGCGAGCCACGCUCUCCGGUGGAGAGGCUGAAGGACACCGUCUCCAAGAUGUGUCUCUACACGGGCUCUCCUCGCGGGUCAGACUCCACCUCUCCGCAGCCCUCACCCAGAAAACAAUCCAGCCUCCCUGACGUUGUGGAUAUAGUCCUGGAAAAAGUCAAGACUGCAGCGACCAAGAAAGUGGAUUUGGGGGAAUAUUAUAACAGGAAUCCAGCUUUGGAUGUUAAGGUGGUCACGGAUGGUGAUAAAUCCUGUGACAGUGGGAAAGAGGAGCAUACACAGCAGACUGUGGUGGACACAGACCUUCUUCAAAAUGGAGAUAAGAUCUGUAAUAGGGAGAUGCAGGGAAGCAAACCAACUGAUAAAAUUGACCACCUCAGGAGCAGGACUCACAGUGUAAGAACAACUCUAGUGUUAUCAGGAGAAACUGUGAUAAAAUCCCAUCAGCUGGACUCAUGUUCAACUCAAAGUGAGACAAGGACUGCUAAUCUGAAACCCGUUGCCAAGGUUACAUACGACCUAAUCUGCCCUCAGAUAGUCGAAAAUGUACACCAGGCACCUUUCUGUUGUCAACACACACAUUGUCCAAAAGCAAAUACUUUACCUCCUGUCUCCUCUGUGACCAAACGCAUAGAUAAAUCAUGUCCUGGAUCGCAUAUACAAACAGCUUUCCCUGAGCCAGAUGCCAGACAGAUGGAUGCAGCCACAUCACUUCCUGUCCCAGCCCCCACUACUAGCUACACCAAUUGCAGCAUCACUGUGACUGGCUGGGAGGGGGACGACGUCUCUUCCUCUUCAAACGCAGUAGAUUCUGGUCUUACUUUUACUGUCACACCUGUCCAGACAUGUGAGGAAUCAUUUAACGAGGGGGAAUGCUGUUACCUGAAACCACAGACACACCAGGGCCUGGGCCAGGACUCCAAUAACCUGCGACAGGUUAACUCCUUUGAGCUUGAAGAGGUGCAUAGUGCAGGAGAAGAAGACUUUGGAGAAUUUUCGGAUUUUUCAGAAACUACAAGAAGAACAACAACAACCUCUCUGUUGUUGCACCAACAUCAAUGCAAAGGUGAGGUGGUCCGGGGCGACAGCAUGCAGUCAGACAGUAGCGGCUAUGUGGACGAAGAAGUCAGCCCCUCAUCCAACACACAUAGCAGAUGACAGAAAAAACAGAAUUCCAUGUAAAAAGUGUUAAUAAAGUAGUGUUUUUUUCACUUGUGGAGUUUUCCUGCACUGAAGAUUUGGGUUUCCAAGAAAGGGGACUGCAGUCAAACCGGCCCAGAAUAUUUAAAUGUAACCAAUAGACCUCGCUGACGAGGCCAGAGUGUUGUUGUUACUGUUUUCUGUUGUCUAAUGUGUACAGUGCUGUGGAAAGGAAUUUCCAGACGAUAAAGUUUACAUUUUAAACAGACUUGGUCUCAUGUGAAACGUUCACAAGACUGGAGAUGCUUUUUGUUCUCAAGUAGAGACAGAGAUGCAAAGCAUUACAUUUCUCCCCAGUGUUAACACAGAAUACAGAAUUUAGUAAUCAUAUAGUAAAACUGUUCCCGUACAAAGGGCUUGAUGAAAUACUGUGCGCACCAUAUUUAAAUUAUUAAAAUGGUAAUUGGAGAAUAUUCAAGUUAUUAUAUAACAGUUGGCAGUAAAAUGUACAAAAAUGUUUUAUUGGAAACAAAUUCAAUUUCACAUGGAG